UCCUUGCUUCCCUGCCCUUCCUUCUUCUCCCUGGCUCCGGUCUCCAAAGUCCCUCCAAACUCUGCAAAACCGAUAAAUAACUCCCGCCUGUUUGCCAUUGCAAUCUCUCUCUCUCAUUGAAACUGGGCCGCACGAUUUGCGGGUCUCUCAUCACAGCCAUUGGAGCCGGCAACUUCCGCGACGAUGACCUCUAUCACCUCCGUUGAGUUGAAUUUCCUCGUCUUCCGUUACCUUCAGGAAUCAGGUUUCACGCACUCAGCUUUUGCUUUAGGAUAUGAGGCCGGUAUUAACAAAGGCACUAUAGAUGGAAAUUUGGUUCCACCUGGUGCACUCAUUAUAUUUAUACAAAAAGGACUUCAGUACUUGGAGAUGGAAGCUAACUUGAGUAAUAGUGAUGCAGAUUUGGAUGAAGAUUUCUCAUUUUUACAACCUUUAGAUCUUAUUACAAAGGAUGUAAAUCAAUUGAGGCAAAUGAUCAAAGAGAAAAGGAAGAAUGCACAGAAGGACAAAGACAAAGAUAAAGAGCAUGAGUCUUAUGAGAAGAAAGAUAAAGACAAGGAGCAUGAAAAUGAACAUGAAGGAGAACGUGCACAAGUAAGAGAGAAAGAAAGAAAAGAAAGGGAGAAGGAUUUUGAAAAGGAUAGAGAGAGGAUAGAAAAGAACAAGGAGCGAGAAAAGCAGCCGGAGGACCACAAUGACAAAGAUGUGGUUAGAGAUCAGGAAGAUAAAGUUAAUGUGAAACAUGAAGAAAAUGGAGCUUCUAGAGAACCAAUGGAUAUUCCUCUUACAGAUGUUGAAAUCCCUAGUUCUGAUGUGACAAUUUUGGAGGGGCAUACUAAUGAGGUAUGUGCUUGUGCAUGGAGUCCAGCAGGUUCUCUUCUUGCAUCGGGGUCUGGAGAUUCAACUGCUCGUAUUUGGACCAUUGCUGAUGGAAGCUCCAGAUUUAGUUCACAAAAUGGCUCCUCAAAUGUGUUGGUGCUGAAGCAUGUUAAGGGUAGAACAAAUGAAAAGAGCAAAGAUGUGACGACACUUGAUUGGAAUGGAGAGGGAACAAUGCUUGCAACCGGAUCGUAUGAUGGGCAAGCAAGAAUUUGGGGUACAAAUGGUGAAUUAAUUAGUACUUUGAGCAAACAUAAAGGGCCUAUAUUCUCACUAAAGUGGAACAAAAAGGGAGAUUAUCUUCUUACAGGAAGCUGUGAUAAAACUGCAAUUGUGUGGGAUGUAAAGGCAGAGCAAUCAAAACAGCAGUUCGAAUUUCAUUCUGGUCCAACACUCGAUGUUGAUUGGCGCAACAAUGUAUCCUUUGCAAUGAGCUCAACAGACAAUAUGAUAUAUGUCUGCAAGAUUGGGGAAAACCACCCUAUUAAAACUUUUGCAGGACAUCAGGGAGAAGUUAAUUGUGUUAAAUGGGAUCCAACAGGUUCAUUGUUGGCUUCAUGUUCUGACGAUAUCAGUGCAAAGAUAUGGAGCAUGAAGCAGGAAAAGUAUGUUCAUGAUUUGAGAGAGCAUUCUAAGGAGAUAUACACUAUCAGGUGGAGUCCGACUGGGCCAGGAACAAACAACCCUAACCAACAGUUAGUUCUGGCAAGUGCUUCAUUCGACUCCACUGUGAAGCUAUGGGAUGUGGAACAAGGAAAACUUAUCUGCAGCUUGGAUGGACACAGGGAACCUGUGUAUUCUGUUGCUUUUAGCCCAAACGGUGAGUAUUUGGCCAGUGGAUCUCUUGAUAAAUCGAUGCAUAUAUGGUCACUGAAGGAAGGCAAGAUUGUGAAAACGUACACUGGAAGUGGCGGUAUAUUUGAAGUCUGCUGGAACAAGGAAGGCGACAAACUUGCUGCAUGUUUUGCCAACAACACAGUCUGCGUUUUGGAUUUUAGAAUCUAGAACUGGAAAAUACCAAAAUUGUCUUGUAUCGGAAGUUAGUUGGUCGUCAAAUCCAAGUCGUAGAUUAGUUCUUUGCAUUUGAUUAGGAUGGGUGGCUGAGUGUAUUUUAGGUGGGUAAGCAUUGCAUUUUAACCGUAGAUCAAGGCUAAACUCACUAAUGUUCAUUUUGUUUGUGAGCCCGUUUCUUGAUUCGAUUGUCGAUUGAGCUGGUUUUCUAGGAGAGAUGUACAGGAUUGUUUUCAACUUUUUUAGUUAGGCUUGUUGAUGUAGUUUGCUUCUCUCUAUAUGUAUGUCAUGCUACUGAACAUUCUCAAGAAAGCUGUUACUCCAACUAUUUUUCUGGUUUUGAUUUGUGUUGACUACUUUGAAAGCAAAAGUAUACGUUCAAUUUGACUAACGCACGUACAGUUUUCGGAUACGGAAGAUCUAGAACCAGUUGGAAAUGUCAAACUUCAGAGUUGUAUUCAUUUAAAGACUUAAAGUUUUGGAAGCGUAAGUGAUACUAGUCGGGUUUUCCUUUGGCUGUAAGUCGUGGCAUGUUUCUGUUAGAUGGAAACCAUGGUUUAAAGGGCGCGCUCAAUGGGCCAAAACCGAAUAUUGGACCAGAACUUGAAGAGACCAAAUGUAAAACAGGCCCAAUGAUUUUGCAAUUGGAAAGACAACUUCUUCGGUUCCAGGGUUUAAAUCGAAAUGCCCUAAAACCCUUGCUUCCAAUCCAAUCCCCAAUUCCUAAAUUUCCAGCAAGCAAAGGUAUGGCGUGGCGAUCUGGGUCGUCGUUGUCAAGGUCUCUGAUCUCAACCGCAAGAGCUUCGACAUUCCGGUCGUCUCCGUCGAUCUCAUCUCUCCCUCGCGCUCCGCUUCGUAAUCUCCUCGGCAGCAACUCCCGCCGCACCCUCUUCUCCCUCCCAGUCAAUGCGGGCCAAUUAGCUUGCGCGCAGUCGCUGAUGCCAUUGCACAGCGCCCUGGCUUCGGCUCGUCUCACAAGCCACAUCUCCGUCGAAGCGCGGCAUUGCUGCGAGCUGUCUCAGGGUACCUCCAUUGAUCCCUCGUAGUAGUUUCUCUCUUUCUGCGGUUCUUGAACGUUGGAUCGACACAGCAGCAGUUGUUGCUUUAUUACGUGGAUCCUGAGAGUGGAAGCAUUCUGUACUCCUUAUGUUUGAUAAGGUGGGUGUAGGAUGUAAUUUCUCAUUGUAGUGGAUAAUUUCUAGUUUCAACAUUGUUGCUAUAAGGCGUGUUCAUUUUCUUAUAAGCCAUUUGACUUGUGUAGGCUUUUAUGUUCAGAAUUACAACAUCAUAUGACUAUUUCCUGAUCUGACUAACAGUGUUGUUUUACUGUUAUUUAUUGCUAUCGAAAUUAAUGGAUCCAAAUUGAAAUCUAA